AUGUUGACACUGCGAGACACCGAGUCCAUCCCUGUUGACCUUCAAACCAAGUUCCAACUCCUCGACUUUGCAAAAAAAUUUGUUAGCUGCAUUACCUGGCCGACAUCACAAAGGGUGUCAGAUAUACAGCCACUUUUAGGAAAGAAAGAUGUGAACAAAGCCAAGGAUCCAACAGCAUUUGAAAAGCGAGCCCCUUUGCUGCAACCCGAGGCCCAGCGCCCUAACGCCCGAAUAAAAGCAGACAACGAUUGCCGUGAUCACAACCAAAUCCCACUCUCAGACCUUGUGGUGCAAUUUAUAUCUCUCUGUAACGCCGUGGACACUGUGGUAACCGAGAAGCAGAGAGCAGGAAUUGCGGCACAAUUGAUUGUUCAAGCCGCGCUCCAGGAGUCUCAAGUAUUCGGCAAUGCGUCUCCAGAAAGUACCAGGGAAUAUAUCCCGAAGGUGGUUGCUAAACUGGAUACGCCACCAACGCAGGACCGAGUAAAAUCGGGUGGUUUUACAAGCUAUCUCCAGUUGCCACCGAUGGGGAUCUCACUCGCUGCCCAUAUAGAAGCCCUAUCCGAGAGAACGCCCCUGCGGUAUCUCAAUGACGCGAUGUUUGAUCUCCUGACAAGAAUAAUAAAAUCGCUGGAACCUCCUGUACUCGUUCAGCUGGAACGAGGAAGGCUUGCUGGGUUGAGUCGUGCCGAAACACAGCAAUUAAAGGACAAAGUGGGAUUUUAA